GCUGUUUAAAGGGUCCCAAUAUUUUUCGGCAUAGAAAUUUCGAUCGCCACCUCUUUAUUUUGGCCUAUAAUUUAGUAACGUGCAUAUUUAGGUUAGUUAUUUACCAUUCGUGACGAACUUGUGACGGUGGUUUGUCUCGAUCAUUGUGUCGCCGGUGAGACGUUGUUUUGUCAAACGUUUUUCACCGUCACAUCAUAAUGUCUGCUGUUAACAAGACUGCUACUGGUGCAUCAACUCCUGCUGCUACCAGGACUCCAGCUGCUGGUGGAUCAGCUCCUGUCGCUGCUGCUUCUAAUGUUCAAACUAUUGACAUUCGUGUCCCCAAAAACAUAAACAAAAAGCUUGCCAUCAUGAGAUUCAAUGGCUCGAUGGGUAUUGACUUUGUACAAUGGAAAGAUCCAAAAAUGGAAAGGGAAAACAACCAAGUCACAUUCAAAGGGUUCAAUGAAGAUAUGCCAAAGUUUGGUGCUGGAAGUGAAUAUGGCAGAGAGGCUCGUGAAGAAGCAAGACGGAAGAAGUAUGGCAUAAUUAGCAAAAAGUAUAAUCCUGAAAACCAGCCUUGGAUUUUACAACAUGGAGGAAAAAGUGGGAAAAAGUUCAGAGGAGUAAGAGAUGGUGGCAUUAAUGAAAAUGCAUCGUACUACGUUUUUACGCAAGCACCAGAUGGUGUGUUUGAUGCCUUUCCUGUGCAAGAACAAUACAGUUUUCAAGCAGUUCAAAAUUACAAACCACUGAGUAUUGAAGAAGCAGAGGAAGGGUACAACAUGAGAAACAAAACAUACAACAUGUUCAAUGUCAUGAUGAGAAAGAGACUAAGGAAAGACGAUGAAGACGCCGAAGAAGAGGGUGAGGAAGAAGGUGAAGGCAAAGGAAAGAAAGGCAAGAAAAAGAAGGGAGCUAAAGAUUCUCGUUUUGGUGAUGAAUUGGACGAUAUGAUGGCAUCUUCCGAUGACGAUUCUAGCGACGGCAAUGAUGAUAACGACGACGAUGAUGGAGAAAGUAAGAAAAAGAAGAAGAAGGGCAAGAAACCAGUUAAGCCGAAGAAGAAGCGAAAGAACGCGUCCGAUGAUGAAGCUAUCGAAGAUAGCGAUGAUGGUGAUGGGGAGGGCAGAGAGUUGGAUUACAUUUCCUCUUCCGACGACGACGAAAGUGAUUUCGAGAAAGAAGAAGCAAAGGACGGACUAAAGGGUGUUGCCGAAGAGGAUGCUCUCCGCAAGUUGCUUAACUCGGACGAAGAAGAUGAAGACGAAGAAAAAGAGGAAGAAGAAGACAAAGACAAAGAAGAGGAAGAUGCUGAAGGUGCCGAAGACCAGCAAGGUGAUAAGGCUUCCAAAGACGAAAAAGGCGACAAAAAGAAGAAGAAAGAAAAAAAGAAGAACAAGGAUAAAAAGCCCCGCAACGAGGAUUAUGGAUCGUCAAGCGACAGCGGUGCCGAGAGCUCAGCAUCCGAACUGGAGAAAGCUAAACCGAGCCCAAAAAUGAAACCGGGGAGUGCCAACAGUUCUAGAUCAGCUACUCCGACGAAACCUGAAACAUCGCCGCCAAAAACAACGCUAUCAGAUAGCAAGCGAAAGGGAACACCUGCAGUGCCCGAUGCUCUUACAGGCCAAGCAACAAAGAAACCUCGAUUGGACAUGGCAUCCGCUGCUUCAGCUGCCUCUGCCGCUUCAGCUGCAUCAUCAUCUAGUGCCAAUGAAGGAGUCAAUGAAGAGUCUGUUAGGCGUUAUUUAUCCCGCAAGCCAAUGACAACUACCGAAUUGCUUCAGAAGUUCAAAAGCAAGAAAACUGGUUUGUCAUCGGACCAGCUUGUCCAUCACAUUGCACAAAUUUUGAAGAAGAUUAACCCCGUGAAGCAGACAAUUAAAGGGAAGAUGUAUUUGUCGAUUAAGGCUUAGCGACAAUAACGAUGAUUGGUGUGUCCUGUUUGUACUGCAAUCACUAUUGCUACUUUACUGAAAUUAUCUCAGGCCUUCCCUUUACGGUUUAUAAAAACGGACUAGAACGGUUGUUAAAAUGCGUGAUUUUCGGAACGAUUAAACAAAUUUGCAGUUGUAA